UCUCAGAUAUGGCAGUGUCUGGUGUAUCGGUCAGGAUGGCCCACCUCAGCUGUCCACUCUGCCAGGAGGUGCUCAGGACUCCAGCUGCUAUUCCAUGUGGACACACUUUCUGCAGUCUCUGCAUCCAGGACUUCUGGGACAAUGAAGAAAAGCAUUAUCGUUUCUGCAGCUGCCCUGAAUGCCAAUAUACCUUUCACCCGAGGCCUAACCUGAUCAAGAACAUUGCUCUGGCUGAAAUGGUGGAAGCCAUGGAGAAGUCCAGGUGUAGAAAGAAUGUGGGUUCCGUAGGUAAGCACAGACCUGCUGCAGCCUGCCAUCAGGCAGGGCCAUCCUCCAGUCAGACUCAGGAAAAGGCCAGACCCAUGAAGAGUCCCCAAACUACUACAGUCUCAGAGGCACCGAAGAGCAGAGUAUGUCCCACACAUGACAGACUGCUGGAGGUUUACUGCUGUGAUGAUGAUCAAUGCAUCUGCCUUCUGUGCGCCCUGGUUGAGCACAAAGCACACUCCACUUUGUUCGUUAAUGAGGGAUGGAGCAGGAAACAGAAACAGCUCCAGGACCUUAAGAAGGAAUCCAAGGAGAGGAUCAAAAAGAGAGAAAAGGAGCAGAAGGACCUGAUAGAGAGCAUACAGAUGAUUAAGGAAGGUAGUAGGGCUGCUGAAGAGCACUGUGAGGGCGUCCUCGCUGGGCUGAUUGACUCCCUCCAGAGGCACUACUCCACCACAGUCAGAGAGCUGAUCAGGGCCCAGGAGACAGCUGUAGUGGCUCAGGCUGAGAGCUCCCUGUGCAACCUGGAGACAGACAUUGCUGACCUGAAGAAGAAAGACACUGAGCUGGAGGAGCUGUCACAGACAGAUGAUGAUAUCCACUUCCUCCAGAGUUGGCCCUUCUUCCUACCCUCUCAGAGUCCAAAUUGUUUCUCCAGCGUCUCGACGGACCCACACCUCCCCUUUGAGGCUAUAAGAAAUGUCGUCUCAGAGUUUGGGGAUCGACUGGAGGCAUUCUGUGAGGAAGAAAUCAAUACAGUGUCUCAAACUGUGGCUGGUAAUGGAGGUUCCCAAUCUCCAGUCAGACCUGAGCAGCUUCCAGUUAUCAGCGCUGCACAGACCCUAGAGCCUACGACCAGACCUGAGUUUCUACAGUAUGCCUGUGAUCUCACUCUGGACCCCAACACUGCCCACAAGGACCUCUCCAUCUCAAUGGAGGACAGAAUGGUGAGGUGGGACCCUAAAAAGCAGAAGGGCCCAGUCCGACCUCACCCUGAGAGGUUUACAAACCGUCACCAGGUGAUGUGCAGGGAGGGGCUUGAGGCUGAGCGCUGCUACUGGGAGGUGGAGAUGGUGGGGAACAAGGCUGAGAUUGCCCUGGCCUACUGGGGCAUAAACAGAAAAUCACGCUCUAAGACAUCCGCUUUUGGGGGCAGUGACCAAUCCUGGAGCCUCGACUGUUCAAAAGGCUAUUCUGUGUCCCACAACAAUAAAAGUAUUCUACUCAGUGCAACCCCCAGCCAGCACAAAAUAGGGGUUUACCUGAAAUUCAAGGAGGGCACCAUAGCAUUUUAUGAAGUCUCAGAUAGGAUGAAGUUUCUCUACAGAACCCAGAAAUGCACAUUCACUGAACCCCUCUACCCAGGGUUCUGGCUUGAGGACGAGAGUCCCAUCACACUAUGUAAUCUGAGGCAUAAGAGAUUCUAACCAUGAGAUAGAGAACAAAACACCCAGGAAGAGUAGGCUGUGGGUAGAAGUUUCAAAUAAAGCUAUGCAUUCGGGAAAAUUCAUGGAUGAAAAUUCGAAACUGUUUUUGUUUUGUCAUUAUGGGGUAUUGUGUGUAGAUUGAUGAGGGGGAAAAAACAAUUUCAUACAUUUUAGAAUAAGGCUGUAAUGUAACAAAACGUGGAAAUAGUGAAGGGGUCUGAAUACAUUCUGAAUCCACUGUACAUCCCGGAGAACUUUUGAAAGGUUUUAGAUUGCUGUUAGGUUUUGGGGAAUCUUAUUGUCUAAAUAGCUUGUAAACCUCUAAAUGGUUUCAUGGUUACCCUCUUUACAUUUGUAAUAUCGACUUAUUUGUAAUAUCUACGGGGGAAAAAAUACUUUUUUUUAUAAAUAGUUUCAUAAAUAUACAUAUAAAAGCAAGCGA